AUGAGGGCCCUGCUGGUGCUUACUCUGUGCCUGGUAGCCAUGGCUCUGGCCACCUCUCCGGAUACUCCUGAAGAUCGGGGUCUUAUCUUCAAUCUGAAAAAUGGAGAGCUGUGUUUCAUCAGUGGGCAGUGUAAGAGCUCCUGCUGCCACCGCCACUCUGGUAUCAGCCUGGCCCGCUGUGCUCCACGCGCUGCAGAGAAGGAGAAAUGCUCCAAAAAGACCCUGUAUGGUACAUAUUACUACUGCACAUGUGAGAAUGGACUCAAGUGCAAAGGUGAUGUUUCCAUUGGAGGUGCCAUUACCAACACCAAUUUCGGAAUCUGUGUAGACCCCCAACAUGCCAACUAAGACUGUCUGGACAGUAAAGAACAAGACAACCUUAGGGCCUCAGUUGUGAUGGAUGACACAAUCGUAAAUGCUCCCACUGAAAAAUGUAAAGGUCUAUGGAACUGGGCAUUAGAUUAAACUGCAAAAUGCCUCACAGA